UUUUGAUGGUUUAGUUGGUAACCCGCACUCAACCUAGAAGUGAACCAACAGAGAUCGCAUAGUUAGUAGCUUCUUCAACGGCAUUGUGGUUGUCCGUUCAUCGUUUUCCUGCCUGUAUUGACAGUGUUAGAUCGAUCGAUCGAAUUCAAUAGUAGCGUUGAAUUCUGAAUCGAUACAACGAAGGGACUAAUCGUCCGAAAAAAAUUUUACCAAGAGACAUACACACAUACAAAUUAAAGGAUUACGCGCACACGACCGGGAGUUGUGAUUGAAUUGUGCUCAAAAUGAGGAGCGCUUUUAUCAUUUUGGCGCUUUGCGUCGCCGGUAUUUUUGCGAAUGCCAGCACGGAUACACUUGUGAGGAAAGAACGCGCAGCUGAGGGCUAUGAUUAUCCUCCACCAGUUAUUCCAUUCCCCGAACCAACCAGAAGACCACCACCACAACCAACAUACUUACCACCCACUAACAAACCACAGCCACCAGCACCUAAGCCAACGACGCGUGCUCCACCACCACCGGUGACACGCCCACCACCUCCACCAACUUAUCUGCCACCAACCAACAAACCACAGCCACCAGCACCUAAGCCAACGACGCGUGCUCCACCACCACCGGUGACACGCCCACCACCUCCACCAACUUAUCUGCCACCAACCAACAAACCACAGCCACCAGCACCUAAGCCAACAACGCGACCACCACCACCGCCGGUAACACGUCCGCCAGCACCGAAGACAACUCGUCCUCCUCCACCAGUGACAAGGCCACCUCCAACAUACUUGCCGCCCACCAAUAAGCCACAGCCACCAGCACCGAAACCAACUACUCGACCACCACCACCAGUAACUCGUCCACCACCAGUGGAGCGUACCACAUACAUUUACCCCACACCAGAAAAUCCUCUAACUUAUCCUCCACCAACGAACAAACCACAACCUCCAGCACCAAAACCAACCACUCGCCCACCUCCACCACCACCACCACCAGUGACAAGACCACCACCAACUUACUUGCCACCAACCAACAAACCUCAGCCACCAGCACCGAAACCAACGACGCGUCCACCACCACCACCUGUAACUCGUCCACCAGCACCGAAGACAACUCGUCCUCCUCCUCCGGUAACGAGACCACCACCAACAUACUUGCCACCCACCAAUAAACCACAGCCUCCAGCACCAAAACCAACUACUCGUCCACCCCCACCAGUGACUCGCCCUCCCCCACCGAAGACAACGCGUCCCCCUCCUCCACCAGUGACUAGACCACCACCACCACGUACUACUCCAGGACCAACUUACCUGCCACCAACUAACAAACCACAGCCUCCAGCACCAAAACCAACUACUCGUCCACCACCACCACCAGUAACUCGUCCACCAGCACCGAAGACAACUCGUCCUCCUCCUCCGGUAACGAGACCACCACCAACUUACUUGCCACCAACCAACAAACCACAACCUCCAGCACCAAAACCAACUACUCGUCCACCACCACCACCUGUAACUCGUCCACCAGCACCGAAGACGACUCGUCCUCCCCCUCCGGUAACGAGACCACCACCAACUUACUUGCCACCAACCAACAAACCUCAGCCACCAGCACCUAAGCCAACUACUCGUCCACCACCACCAGUCACACGUCCACCAGCACCGAAGACAACACGUCCUCCUCCUCCAGUGACGAGGCCACCACCAACCUACUUACCACCCACAAAUAAACCACAACCACCAGCGCCUAAGCCAACUACUCGUCCACCACCACCAGUGACUCGUCCUCCACCACCCAAGACUACGCGUCCACCUCCUCCACCAGUAACAAGACCACCACCACCACGUACUACUCCAGGACCAACUUAUCUGCCACCAACCAACAAACCGCAGCCUCCAGCACCAAAACCAACUACUCGUCCACCACCACCACCUGUAACUCGACCACCAGCACCGAAGACAACUCGUCCUCCUCCUCCGGUAACGAGACCACCACCAACUUACUUGCCACCAACCAACAAACCUCAGCCACCAGCGCCUAAGCCAACUACUCGUCCACCACCACCAGUCACUCGUCCACCAGCACCGAAGACAACACGUCCUCCUCCUCCAGUGACGAGACCACCACCAACCUACUUACCACCCACAAACAAACCUCAGCCACCAGCACCUAAGCCAACAACUCGUCCACCCCCACCAGUGACCCGUCCUCCCCCACCGAAGACUACGCGUCCACCUCCUCCACCAGUAACAAGACCACCACCACCACGUACUACUCCAGGACCAACUUACCUGCCACCAACCAACAAACCUCAGCCUCCAGCACCAAAACCAACUACUCGUCCACCACCACCACCUGUAACUCGUCCACCAGCACCGAAGACAACUCGUCCUCCUCCUCCAGUGACUAGGCCACCACCAACAUACUUGCCUCCUACUAAUAAACCACAACCUCCAGCACCGAAACCAACUACUCGUCCACCACCACCAGUAACUCGUCCACCAGCACCGAAUACUACUCGUCCUCCUCCUCCAGUGACGAGACCACCCCCAACUUACUUGCCACCAACCAACAAACCACAACCACCAGCACCAAAACCAACUACUCGCCCACCCCCAUCACCAGUAACUCGUCCACCAGCACCGAAAACAACACGUCCUCCACCUCCAGUAACGAGGCCACCACCAACCUACUUGCCACCCACAAACAAACCCCAACCACCAGCGCCUAAACCAACUACUCGUCCACCUCCACCAGUGACUCGUCCACCCCCACCCAGGACGACACGUCCACCAGUGCCAGUGACGAAACCACCUCCAACCUACUUGCCACCCACCAAUAAACCACAGCCACCUGCGCCUAAGCCAACUACACGUCCACCACCACCAGUCACUCGUCCUCCACCACCACCAGUGACUCGUGUUCCACCCCCACCAGUGACACGCCCACCUCCACCACAGCCAAAACCAACCCCUAAGGAUGAAGGCUACAAAUACCCCGUGCCAAGCAUUCCUUUUGAAUACUAAGUGUCAACUGUAACAGUUGUCUUGCACAAUUUUAUGAUAAGAGAGAUAGCCUGCGAUUUUUAAAAGUUAUACAACAAAGUCGUGAAGCUCCUUAACGCCGAAAGCUAAAAAUCUAGCGAUGUGGUACCAAGAUUCAAACUAGGGCUAGAUUUAUCUAGUCAAAACAUUAUGAGAAGGUUAUUUUUGCUUUCGACUCCAAAAGAGCUCUAGCAAGAAUUCCAAAUGUGUUUUCUUUUUGUUUUAUGCUUAAAAAUACUCUUACAGUUAGAAAUACUUAUUUUAUAAAAAAAAAAUUACGAUUUUGUUUUGUAUUUUGGAUGUAACUUUUCAAUUUUUGUAAGCCAAAA